AUGGUCGGACCCUUCAAGAUCACCCCAGGCAGCUACACUCACAUCUUUGUGGUUGUUGACAAAUUCACCAAAUGGAUUGAGGUCAAGGCUAUCACCAACAUCGAGUCGGCUAAAGCCGCCCAAUUCAUAAACGAGAUCGCACAUCGCUUUGGAGUUCCAAACAGGAUCAUCACUGACCUUGGCAAGCAGUUCACAGGAUUCGAGUUCUGGGACUUUUGCCAGGACAACCUCAUCAACUCCCUCUGGGGCCUACAGACCCUGAAAAGUUGGGCUGCCGGCUACACUCCCUUCUUCAUGGUAUACAGCUCAAAGGCCAUCUUGCCGUCCGACGUAGCCUUUGGCGCCCCAUGCAUCCAGUACUAUGAGGAAGGCAAGGCGGAAACAAGCCGGUGGGUUGACAUCGACAACCUCAAGGAGCAUCGAGUGGCGGCUCUCAUCCAGCAUGCAUGCCACGAGCAGUAG